AUGGAGGUAAGACGCCGUACAACGGCGGGUGGUGGAGCCGCUCGAUUGGAUGACAGUAAAUCAUCAUCGAAUGGUUACACCAGCUUGGAUGAGGAACGAAAGACCAAGGAGCAGCUCGGAUUUCGACACUGGCUUUUGGUUGUGCUCUACAUUGGCGUAAUUUAUGGAGGCGUCAUUUACUUGCACAGACGUAUGCCGCCCGUUGUAGAUGAUCCGAAAUUCGAACGCUUCUCUGAAACGCAUGCCCGAAAUCUGCUGAAGGAUUUGACAAAAAAUGGCCCUCGACCCAGUGGUUCUCACAAUCUUGAGAAUAUUGCUUUCAACGUCCUUCGCCAUCAACUUGAUUUGGCUGCCAAAAAUGUUUCGGCGAUUGGAGUGAACCGCUUUGAGCUUGAUGUUCAACGACCCACCGGUUGUUUCGAUCUCAAAUUUUUAUCCAGUUUCACUUUGUGCUACGAGAAAAUCACGAACCUGGUGGUACGACUUGGUCCAAAAGGAAAACCCUCCGACAGUGCUCUUCUCCUGAAUUGCCACUUUGACACGAUGCCCGAUACACCUGGAGCCACCGAUGAUGCUGUUUCUUGUACAAUCAUGAUGGAAGUAUUGAAUGUGUUGGCGCAUACGAAAGAAUCACUGCAAAAUGAUGUCAUCUUUUUGUUCAAUGGAGCCGAAGAGAAUUUUCUCCAAGGAGCACACGGGUUUAUUGAGAAGCACCCAUGGAGACACUCGAUCAAGGCGUUCAUCAAUCUUGAGGGCACUGGCUCAGGUGGCCGGGAGAUUUUGUUUCAGGCUGGCCCUGGAAAUUCAUGGCUACUUCAAACUUAUCUCGAAGCUGCCCCGCAUCCAUUUUGCUCCGUUUUGGCACAAGAGGUUUUUCAAUCAGGAGUGAUUCCUUCGGAUACGGAUUUCAGAAUUUUCCGCGAUUAUGGACGCGCUUCAGGACUCGACAUUGCUUACACCAAAAAUGGAUGGGUUUAUCACACCGAAUUCGACGAGGAAUGGAGAAUCGAGCCAGGAGCUAUUCAACGGGCUGGGGAGAAUGUGCUCGCUGUGGUAAAGCGAAUUUUGUCUUCACCUUACCUUCGACAAGCCGCCACUUUCGAUGAAGGAAAUCGCUGGGUUUUCUACGAUGUUGUUGGCUUGUUCUCCGUCUACUAUAGCAUUUCGAUUGGUCAAAUUCUCAAUUUUGGAGCUGUGGUCGCAACUUUUGUGUUGAUCUUCUUCCGCUUCAGAACCGGCGUCUAUGGUGUGGCUGAUAUUUUCGAGGCUCUUGUGCAUCAUUUGUUCGCUUUGCUUGCGAUGAUUGUGACGAUGUUUGCGAUAAUUGCUUUGGUGAUCAAUUUGGACAUGGUUAUGUGCUGGUAUUCUCUUCCUGAAGCGAUUGGUGGCCUCUAUGUGCUUCCGAUGAUGAUUACCGGAGCCGCUUUUCACUCGUAUUUCGCCUCCACAACAAAGAUGAGAGCGGCGGAGAUGGUGCACUGUGACUCGGUGUUGUUCAUCUUCUCGUGCCUACUCUUCACGAUGACUGCUGCUCGUCUAGCGUCGGCUUUUUUCAUUUUCAACUACGUCCUAUUCCCACUUGCCAAAGAUCCGCUCAUUUGGCUUUUCGGAAAGUUUGGCAUGAUCAAAAGAGUGACACCGAAUGUCGUCUUCUUCGCUCAACUCGUCUGCUACUUCCCGUUGAUUGUCUUCGCCGUUUACGCGAUUACGCAAUGUAUUGACUUCUUUGUGCCAGUGAUGGGACGAUUGGGAAAUGCGGUGAAUCCGGAAUUUGUGAUGGGGCCGCUGGCUCUUGGAAUCGCUUACACUUUUGUGCUCUUCACGUGCAAUCUGAUCUACAUCUCUCGUCGCAUGAACUACGUGCUCAAAGUGGCUUCGGCCGUUUUCUUGCUCUUCUUUGUCGCAAUGGCAACGACCUCACUCGGAUAUCCUUACAAGUACUCACACGAGAAUCCACGCCUCAGGAGAGUCAUUAUUUUGCAUGCCACCCGCACGGUGCACAACUUUGAUGGCGGAGUGAAGCUGGAAGACACGGGUCUUUUCAUUCAAUCAUUGGAUUAUCGAGGUGUCGCCGAUCUUCCGCAACAUUCUUUCCUUUCGGGUAGUGAGGCUCCAUCGUGCAAUCAUACGCAAGACGAGUACUGUCAGCUACCAUACUAUACGGCCAUUCAUGAGCUUUUCCCGCCAAGUCACUCUCGUUGGAUUGCCGUUCCAUCAGUUCCGAGGAUUCCCUAUCCGAUUGAGUUGAAAAUGAUCAAGAGAGAACGAGUUGGUGAACGGAAACUUCGAUUUGAAUUUGAGCUACGCGGUGGUUUUGACAAGAUGUCUCUUCACAUCACUCCUCUUGACAACUAUGAGCUUUCCGAGUGGUCGUUUACGCCAAUGAAUUUGGACACGUUCGGCCGGCGAAAAACCUACUUUGUAUUCCUCACCUACGGAUUUGAACGACCCGAAGUGCGCACAUUCUGGAUCGAGCUUGAAGACAAGAAGUCCGCUAAAUUGCCAGAUCCCGCAAAGCAACCAAACCUGGAAAUUGCCGUCGCCUCACAUCAUGCUCACGGUGAGAAUCAAAACUCGGAUACGUUGUUGCAACUUCGUGAGUUGAUCAAAUCUCGCAGAAAGGGACCACAGCAGGCAAUCGGCUGGUGGAAAUGGGGCAUCACGGUGGUCGGUGGCACCUCGGAGAUCGUCAUCCAUCAGUAC